AUUGUUGAAAAAAAAACGCCCGCCAAAGACGACAAAGGGAAAGAGUGAGAAAAUACUGCAAUUCGUGAGUACUACUACGUAUCAUCCCUACCAAUUCAACAAAUUAUUACCAAACCUAUCACAUGAAUCAGUCGUCAUCACCUGCCUCAUAUCUCAUUUUCUCUCACCUUUGCUUUCUCUCUCUUCACUCCUCACCCAACUCUAUCACCUCCGCCAUUGAUUUCCUUUAUAGGGCUUUUGAUUUUUGACUAACUUGGAGUUCUUCUAUUAUAUGAGAAGGUAUCAUUUGACAAGGGAUGCGUGGACCCCAACUUGUGACCGGGCAGUGAGACCCCCCCGGACAACUGUGAAGCGAGAGCAAGAAGAUUUAGCUCAUUAUCAGACAAAGGUUAGAACUUGCGGAAGAGCAAUAUAAGGAUACUUGGCUACAACAAUGAGUAUGAAUUUGAAGAAAUCUGCCUCCAACACACGAGAACAAUAUGAAGAGCAGUCAAAGAAGAUUGAAGAGGUAAGAAAAGCACUAAGUCCGAUUCCAGAAAAGCUGUCUAAAUUUUGUUCUGACUCAUCAACUGCAAGAUACUUGCGAGCACGAAAUUGGCAUGUGAAAAAAGCCACAAAGAUGAUGAAAGAAUCUUUAAAAUGGAGAUUAGAGUACAAGCCUGAAAAGAUCCGUUGGGAAGAUAUUGCUAGUGAAGCGGAUUCAGGCAAAAUAUAUAGAUCUACUUCUGUUGACAAGAAAGGGAGACCUAUUUUGGUAAUGCGUCCUAGUCGCGAGAACUCCAAGUCUGUUGCAGGACAAAUAAGAUACUUGGUAUAUUGCAUGGAGAAUGCCAUCCUAAAUUUACCACCUGAUCAAGAGCAGAUGGUCUGGCUGAUCGAUUUCUGGAAUUUCAGUAUAACAAAUGUUUCAUUCAAGUCAGCUAAGGAAACAGCGCACGUAUUACAGAAUCAUUAUCCAGAAAGAUUGGGUAUUGCUAUUUUGUACAAUCCUCCUAGGUUCUUUGAACAAUUUUACAAGGUAGUUAAACCUUUUCUGGAACCCAAGACUCGGAACAAGGUGAAGUUUGUUUAUGCUGAUGAUAUGAACUCUAAAAAGAUCAUGGAAGAACUUUUUGACAUGGAACAACUUGAAUCUUGUUUUGGGGGUAAAAGAACCGAAAGUUUUGACAUUCAAAAAUAUGCUCAGAGAAUGAAAGAAGAUGAUGAGAAAAUGCGCUCCUUCUGGGAUGACGCUGAUGGUGCUUCUGUUACUUCCGACGUCAAUGGUCUUAUUAACCAUGAGUGCUCAACGUCAGAUGAUGAUGAUCUAUCACAACAAAGUAAUGGUAGGCGUACUCCUCCUUCAGCUGAGGGUUCCGCAGCCACAAUUUCAGAUGUCACAUUAUCAGUGGCUACCAUGAACCUAAAGGACGCUGGAGAUGCCAAAGCGUGAUCGUGUUAAAUGAGUUGUCAGCAGCCCUACCUCAGAUAUGAAAGCUGAAUUCGAAUCUAACAAUUCUCUAGGUUAUUUACUUAACAAUGGAGACCAAAACUUGCAAAUAAGCAUUCCUUCUGGCGUGCGUCAGUGUGGCGCUAGCGGAGAAAGUAUUGUGUUUUUCUUCUUGACAAAGGAAGAAAUGUGCAUACUAGGAUUUCAUUAGGAGAUCAUUUUUAACAUAAUAAUUUGUAUUAUCAAUAAUAUCACUUCUAACAUAGCCUAUUUGUUAAAUUUACUGGAACAGAAUGCCUGUAAUAGUUAUGAAUGUUAAAGACAACAAUUUCACAUCGGGUGGUCAAGUGACCGACUUUUUUGAUCUUUGA